CCGGAAACCCGCCAUCUUGACGGAGGAAACGCCUCGAAGUUGAGGAGGAAACUUACAACUAUUCAGUGGCGUGAAAACAGCAUUUAUCAAAAAUGGGCAAUUUAUUCGCAAACCUCUUUAAAGUCUUUGGCAAGAAGGAGAUGAGGAUUCUCAUGGUGGGUCUCGAUGCUGCCGGAAAGACAACGAUUUUGUACAAGCUGAAGCUCGGUGAAAUUGUCACCACCAUCCCAACCAUCGGUUUUAAUGUUGAAACGGUUGAGUACAAGAACAUAAGUUUCACCGUUUGGGAUGUUGGCGGUCAGGAUAAGAUUCGACCAUUGUGGCGUCAUUACUUCCAGAACACACAAGGUCUGAUCUUUGUUGUUGAUAGCAACGACAGAGAGCGUGUGAAUGAGGCGCGAGAGGAGCUGAUGAGAAUGUUGGCUGAGGAUGAGCUCAGGGAAGCAGUCCUGCUAGUGUUUGCCAACAAACAGGACCUUCCGAACGCCAUGAACGCUGCAGAAAUCACAGACAAGCUGGGAUUGCACUCGCUCCGGCACAGGAACUGGUACAUUCAGGCCACGUGUGCCACCAGCGGCGACGGCCUCUAUGAGGGACUCGACUGGUUGUCCAACCAACUGAAAAACCAGAAAUAAUCACCUCACUGUACUCCUCUUUCUUAGUUUGUUCUUCUCCAAACUUGCUUUACUCCCACUUUUUUAAACCGACGGUGCUGGAAGCUGCACUCAUUUCAUACCUUUCAUAUGUCACAAAGAACGUGAAUCUCUGAAGUUUAAUGUAAAUAGUUGUUUUUGUUGUGAGGCAGCUUUUAGAGCACCAUUAUGCAAUAUCAACUUAGUCUUUCGAUGUUUAUUUACAUAAUUGUUUUCCAUUCUUAGUGUUUGAGUCAUUGCAAAAAAGGGGAGUUUUAAGAAAGUUUUAUCGGCCUGUAAACUCCAAUAGAUCUCAUUUGAAGCUUGCACAUGUAUUAUUUUGUUGUGCGCAUAACAAGACUGUCUCAUACGUGUACUGUAAACAAAGCUGUUUUGUUUGUCUCAAAUCGAGGACAGGAAAUCAACCAGUACGGACACUACUUGCACAGAUUGCUGUUCAAUUUAGAGGAAGAGAAACCAAAAAUGAUUACACUGUCUUCUCAGCAAAGGUUGACAUGACCUCUAGCUUUACUGUCGUGAUACUUCAGGAACCAUAGGUGUGAUGUCUUUAAAUAAUAACCAGCUGCACAAAGAUGCAACUCUGUUAUCAGACUCCCAAUGCACAUCAGUUAACAGUUUUUAUUUUAGGGUUGUGUGUGUACAUGAGAAAUGUCAUUGUUGUGGGUUGUAUCUUGGAAAGUCUGCCCAGAACAUGUUUGGGUCAUAUUUUACCCCAUAAUCAAAAGCAAGAACUAAUAAAAUAAAAAAUUAGAGACUUCAA